UCAGUGGCGUCUUGUCAAACAAUUACCACCAACUAAAUAUAAAAGUUUUCUGAUUUUCUUUUCACAUUUAAUAAAAACCACAACAUUUAAGUGCUGGAAAGCAUUGAUAACCUAGAAUAUCCGCCUGUUUUUAAACAGGUUGAGAGUUCUAAUUAUGAAUGUUUUUCAGACAUGCCCAAACACAUCGGAAUUGGAGCCCCUUUAUCUGCCCCAGCAGUUAUAUCUGCGGCCGAUAGCGAAACUGAACAUAUCCUUGCAGUUGCCGAACUUAACAAAGUUGGGCAAAAGUGUGUCACAUUGGGAGAUUAUGGAUAAACUGAAGGAGCUGAUCAGGCCUGAUGAAUUUACUGUUUUAAAAGUGACGAGAACUACGAUGGAAUUUGUGAGGCUGGAGGCCGAGGUGGAGAAACGAUCUAAGCUGGAGCGAGUUGUGUCGAAAAUUAACAACAAAAUGAUUAAAUUGAAAGAUUUCGCCGACCUGAUGCGAGUGAAAGCUGCUGAAACGCCCUCAGAAUUUCCAAAUAGACGCGCUUGGGAUGCUUUCUUCUCAGAGGCGAAGAACAUGAACGAAAUGAAACCUGGCGAGCGUCCCGAUACGAUGCAUAUCUCGAAUAUUCCCUCAAAAUGGUUUACACCUUUCCCUCAAAGUGGCGAUAAUGAUGAUGAUACAACGCCAUCAGAAAAGAUUCUCUACAGGGUCUUUGAGAAAUUUGGCAGCAUUCGUUACGUGGACAUUCCAAUUUGCGACCCUUAUCGCAAAAAAAUGAAAGAACACAUAUCUGGACUCAAAUUUUCUAGUUUUGAAAAACUGGACUUUUUUGAGGGUUAUAUUCAGUUUAAAGACUACAUCGGCUUUACCAAGGCGAUGGAUUUUUUUCGCGAUAAAAAGCUAGUGCAUAAAAAUGAUGGUUAUGUGGAAAUCGAAAUCAAAGUGGACUUUGAUAAAACCAAACAUUUAAGUGAUGCCUCCAUCAGGAGAAGGGAAAUUGUUAGAGACAGAUUAGUGAAAAAGGCGAGAGAAAAAGAGGAGAAAGACAAGAUAGCUUUGGAAGAAAUAAAGAAGCAGGAAGAAGUUGAAAGAAAAAAGAAUGAAAACCUGAAAACGCAAAAAGAGAUCCGUCGACGUAUGCGGGAAGAGAAGCGCAAAACCAAAAUUUUACAGAAAUUGGAAAUAACUGGAUCAGACGAAAUCAAUGAGAAAAUCGCUAAGGAGGAAAAGAAACUCGUUAAAGUCCAGAGGAAACUGGAGGCCAUUCGGAUGGUGGAGGAGCUUUUUAAGAGGAUUAAAGAGAAAAGUGAGGGAGAAAUCCAACGCUACAACUUGCCAGAUCCCAAAGCAGAUAAGCUAAAAAGACUAAAAAAUAUCAGAGAAUUGGACUACUUAAGCCAAAAAGAGAAACUUCAUCACGCAGUCAAAGGUCGAGCAAUGCUCAAGACUAUACUAUCGGACGGGGUGAAAACUGCAAAAUUCUCCGACUCGUCCGACUCAGAACUUUCUUUAGACGCCAGCCCAGGUGAUCGCAGAGUAACUGCUCCAAUGCGAAGCCAACAUCGGCCAGAUUUUCUGUUUGAUGGCCAACCCCCGUCGAUGUACGGUUUUCCGUUUCAACCAAUGUAUCAACCUUUCGGACCUCCAAUCUACCAAGAUAUCGACAUCUUUAGUGUUUAUAGAGGUGCUAGAGGUAGAGGCCGUGGUAGAGGACGAGGAUUUAAUCAACGAGGUAGAGGAGCUCACGGUGGACGAGGGUUUUAUCCACCAGAAGUAUAUGAAGAAUACAGCAAUCAGUACAAUAGGAAGAGAAAUCAGUAUUCCAAACGCAGUUCUCGAUCGUACUCUCCACGCAGAUCUCGAAACUCGCGAUCGCGCUCCAGAAGCCAUUCGCAUGGAAGAUUGCGAAGCAGAAGCCCAUCGAGAUCCAGAAAACGGUCGAGAAAAAGCGAUCGAGACAGCAGAAGCAGAUCACGGAGUUACAGAAGAAAAUCUAGGUCUAGAAGUAGACAUCGUAGUCGUUCAAAGUCUAGAAGAUCGCGAUCGAAAUCCAAAAACACCCGAUCUGCAAGUAGGAGUAAGUCAAGAGACAGAAAAUCGAAAAAUAGGAGCCACUCUAGAUCCGGUAGUCAGUUAAAGCGCAGUAGAUCAAGAUCCAGGGCAAAUUCCGUGGAUUCGACAAAGUUUAUGACUCCGAGAGAGUUGAAGGAGCAAAAAAACCAGCACAGGAGUAAAUCAUGGUCUUUCACGGAAGAUGGCGAGAAAGGUGGACGAUCGUGGUCGCAAAGCCCAAUAAUAACCACCGAAAAGUGAGCUUUUAAAACCGCAAGUAAUAAUUAAUUUGUUUUAAUUUGUUGCGUAAAGUAUGUUUUAUUUGUAAGUAGCAACUUUUAGGUUACUGGUUCUAUCAAUAAACUUUGCUAAUAUUC